AUUUAUUGCCCAUAAAUGCAUGCACAGCAGCAGCAGUGUGCGUAUAGGCGUGUCUGUGUGCUUUACAGCCAGGGUUCCCAAGAGAUCAGACAAGAGAGGUCCGACAGUGUGUCUGUGGAAUUUAGAGAAACAGUCCAAAAAAUUGAGAGUACUCAAGAAAUAGGCCACUGACGGAAAUUGAGAAAAUGUGUGCGUGUGUGUGUGUGUGUGUGUGUGUGUGUGUGUGUGUGUGUGUGUGUGUGUACAUUCUAUGUGUGUAUGCUUGUGUUAGUCCAAGACCUCUUAGAAGGGGUGGGGGCAGAAGGCAGCUUUAUCUAUUUUCGGCGACGCCCCCACGAGCCGGGGCUCUAUAUAAGCCCGAGCAUGACAGAGAGAUUUUUCUUCUCUCUUGUUUUUUUUUAUGCGCAACGAUCCUGAACACUUUGGAGCAGCGAUGCCGGAGUUUGAGAAGAGCACGGUGCACAUCAAGGACCCGGAACGGGUGGAGCAGGUCAUCUGUGACCUCAUUAAGGGCGGAGCCCCCAAACUGCAGAUAAUCACAGAUUUUGAUAUGACAUUAAGUAAAUUUGCAAUCAAUGGAAAACGCUGUCCAUCUUGUCACAAUAUUAUCGAUAACUGCAAACUUGUUACAGAUGAGUGCCGUAAACAGCUGCUUCAGCUCAAAGAGACGUACUAUCCCAUUGAGAUAGACCCCCAUCUCACCAUGGAGGAGAAGUAUCCAUUCAUGGUCGAAUGGUAUUUCAAAUCGCACACGUUACUGGUGGAGCAGAGACUUCAGAAAGACAAGCUGCCAGAGGUGGUGAGAGAAUCUGAUGCGGCUCUGAGGGAGGGCUACGAGCAGUUCUUUGACCGUCUGCUGCAGCACAACGUGCCCGUCUUCAUCUUCUCGGCCGGGCUGGGUGACGUGCUGGAGGAGAUCAUCCGCCAGGCCGGCGUCUACCACAACAACGUCAAGGUGCUCUCCAACUUCAUGGACUUCGAUGAGAAUGGCAUCAUCCGGGGCUUCAAGGGCGAGCUGAUCCACGUGUACAACAAGCACGACGGGGCGCUGCGCAACACCGACUACUUCCGGCAGGUGAAGGACAACUGCAACAUCAUCCUGAUGGGCGACUCGCUGGGAGACCUCAACAUGGCCGACGGCGUGCCCAACGUGGAGAACAUCCUGAAGAUCGGCUUCCUCAACGACAAGGUGGAGGAGCGUUUGGAGAAGUUCAUGGACUCUUACGACAUCGUCCUGGUGAAGGACGAGAGUCUGGAAGUGCCCAAUUCUAUCCUCCAGAGGAUCCUGUGAACGGUCAGCCAAAGGUGUCACCCCCCCGCCCGCUCGCCUACCCACAUCCUAUGCCCCCCACCACCAACCCUUCAUUCAUGAACGUCCCCUUCUCCAGACCACUGGGACACCAGCUACCUGAGACCUUUGGGGAUUUUGUCUACCGCAGUUCAGUCCAGUCCAGCCCAAAACCCACCCCAUCAACACCACACCACUUCAGCCAACUUACACAUCUCUUCAAGACUUCUUCUGGGCCACCUCAUGUUCAUACCCCCCCCCCAACCACCCACACACACACACACACACACACACACACACACACACACACACACACACACACACACACACACACACACACGCAUUGUUUUUAAAGACAACUUGGCUCCUCAUCAAUGAACUGUUCUUGUUUUCUGUGUGCGUGUGUGUGUGUGUGUGUGUGUGUGUGUGUGUGUGUGUGUGUGUGUGUGUGUGUGUGCGUGUACGUCGCGUGCGUGCGUGUGUGUCUAUGUCUGUUUUAUUUUUGAAUCACUGAACAUCCAUCAACUUCUGUUUGCUGUAUGUCUGUUUGGUGGGUAGUAGCUAACUGGACGGAAUGGCACAGUUGACACACCACAGUGCUAUACACAGACAGCCAAACAAAAACCAAACAUAUGUCUGUGAAUCGACUUUGUUCAAUUUGCACAUUAUUAUUGCUAGUGCUAUUUUCAUUGAUUUUAUUUUUAUAUGAGUAAUGUUCCAGUGUAUGUAAAGCAGAAGUACAUACUGUUUUAAAAAGAAAAAAAGGGUUGUUUGGGUAAUAUGGUCAUAUUACAGACGGGCCCUGCAUGCUUAUGUUGCAUCAUUGGAUUAUUCUUAUUAUGUAAUAAGAGAAAGAGGUUUCUAGAUUUACAUUACAAACGUGAGGUUCUGGAUUUAAGGAGGUCGAUCGGAGGCACCUUUCCUACAUCGUACCGAUCGACUGUUCCCAUGAGUGUGUUACAAUGAACCUCCCAUGGGGUGUCUGUCUGUGCACUCCAUGCUAGUUUCAUAGAAUGUAUAUGUCAUGGGUUUCCUCCAAGCAAUAGGAAAAACCGCACACUGAGGACUUAGAGGCAAUACUAUAUGGUGGCUGUGUGUCGCUCAUCUACAUGAGUCUAUGGGUCCCACUCAGUAUCUCACCUCCCACCGCCUCCUUUCGCUUGUGGCCUUGUGUUUAACGUUUACGGCACGCCUCUGUGGAGAAAAUAAUAAAGUUACCCUGCUGUCAGCCUGGUCACAACAAAUUUUGGGGGACUUUUCCCCAUUCAACAACCCAACUGCAAAUGAAAAAUUGAUCUUUGAAUAGUGCUUUUGCGAGACAUUGAAUAAAACUUCCAUUGCUAAUGACCUCUUUCCUCACAUUACGAGGCCACAAGCACAAGGACUGGGUGGGAGGUUAGAUGCUGAGUUGGACAUUAUGUUCAAAAGGAUUACUUCCUUGAUUUCUUUUCUCUUUCACCACAUGCUUUUUACCUGUGUUUUGUGUCUGAUACUACGAAGGCGCACUACCUCCAAAAUGUUCACCUCUGAGGUGGAACUGUGUAUCUUUUUCUUUUGUUUUUAUUUGCACUCAUUGUAAAGUCCUCUUUGUAUCAAGCAUAGUAGUGUAUGCUGCUACCAUCUGCAUGUUGCCUUUCUAAAAUUCAUAUCAUGUGAGGAGGUUGAACUGUCAAUAAAAAAUACAAGACACACACA